UUGUCGUCCUCCUCCCUCCAGGCGAACAAACUCCGCACGAAGACACUGAAGAACACCCUGAACCCAGUGUGGAACGAGACGCUGAUCUACCACGGAAUAACCGCCGCAGACAUGACCACCAAAACACUCAGGCUGUGUGUGUGCGACAUGGACCGGCUGGGCAGGAAUGAGUUCAUCGGUGAGGUGCGGGUGGCCUUGAAGAAGCUGAAGGAGGGAGAGAACAAGCGCUACCACAUGGGGCUGGAGAGGAUCGCACAGAAUAAGGAGGGUAACAGCCAGGCUGUGGAACAGGGCGCGCCCGUAGCAGAGGAAGAGCGAGGGCGUAUCCUGGUGUCCCUGUGCUACAACACGGAGAAGAGCUGUCUGCUUGUGGGCGUCAUACGCUGCGCCCACCUGGCAGCCAUGGACUCCAACGGCUACUCCGACCCCUUCGUCAAAAUCGUCCUGGCUCCUGACAUGGGCAAGAAGUCCAAGUACAAGACCACCGUUAAGAAGAAGACCCUGAACCCUGAGUUCAACGAGGAGUUCUCCUACGAUGUUUCCCUGGACCACCUGGCCAAGAAGACGCUGGAGAUCUCCGUGUGGGAUUACGACCUGGGCAUGAGCAACGACUUCAUAGGAGGGGUGGAGCUGGGCAUCAAUGCGAGCGGCCAGCGUCUCAGACACUGGUUCGAGUGCCUGAAGAACAAAGGGAAGAAAGUGGAGUACUGGCACACGCUCACACAGCAGGGGGCUCCCACCAGCGACAAGCCCGAGUAGAGCACACCCCCAACCGGCACGCUGGAAG